CCUCCCCCUCUAUGCCCUCAUAAAAUCGAAAUCUACUGCUAUCCACCGGUACCCUCAUAAAACGAAGCAAACUUUUUUUUUAACAAUGACAUCGUCUCCCAGCAGAGCCAACGAUUUGAUUCGAAUGCCUCCCAACUUCUUCUUGACCGACACCAUGGUGCUGUGCGCCAAGGGAACAAAGGCGAUGCAGCAUCCAGGCAACCUUUGGCUGCGAUCUCUGGUUAAAUCAAAGCUGGAUGAGUAUUCUGAAUGCAGAACGAAAAAGGAGCGCUCUACACUUGUCAACAGCAUAUUGCACACUAUCAAGGAAGCAAACUGUUUCAUGGGGGGAUCCUUUGUCAGACAAAUUGACGGUGUUUGGUAUGACGUGGGUUAUCGCAACUCACGUGAGAAAAUUGGCCAGUACUUUCGAGAUUUUCUCCCCAAAACGUACAAAUCUAGUACAAAGGCAAAGUCGAAUCUGCGACGGACGACGUUACCGGUCGGCAAUGACGAGGAGAGCCCGGGAAAGACUCUCAAGAGGUCCUACUCAGAGAAUGAUGUCCAGAACUCAAGUAGCACAGAAGAGGUCAAACCACCAGCAAAGCGAUCGCGCUCGGUGAACAUCCCACGAUCUCGUAGUGAUCAUACCGACCGGACAAGGAACAACGAGGACACCAUCGAGGGUAUCUCAACGAGCUUUCUCAGCGAAGGAUACCAUCUAUUCGAAUCCAACAUUCCAAGCAAGUUCGACUUUUCAGUCGAACCACAAAGACCACAGGUAUCAGCAGCUGCUUCAACUUCCCACAUACCAAGUCCUCCAGCAGCUGAAGCUUCCCAAUCGUUGCUAGCUCCUAGCCUAGUAGCUCCCCUCGCAUCAAGCGCUCAACGAAUCCUGCCGUCCUCCAUAGCCAACGCCGAGUCUUUCAGCUCUGAAAUGUUUCUACAGCAACAUCUGAACCAAGCUUUGUCCGAGGAGCCUCCUCGCGAAACCUUACCGGUGGAUGGAACUUGGGUCCAAUCAACACUUCUUGGAACCACAACGCAGCACACAGGGAUGCACCAACCAAGGCGGCUGUCUGCCAAUGUGCCAAAUUCGACAAUCAGCAUCACCCAGGAAGCAACAAUAAGUCAAGAAGAAUCCUCCGAACUGACCCCCCAGUGUUUUUCUGCUUGGAACCAAACCGGAGCGUCAGAACCUCUAGAUCUAGAACCCGUGCCCUUAUCGGAAGCUACCUGCUUGGCCCUGUCUCAAGGCCGUACACGCAGACGUGCCCAAAACACAGACAACCAUGGCAAAAUACCCUUUGAUUGGAAUCAAAACUUUGGGGAUCCAUGAGCUGCCCGCUUUUCUUGGGCGGGGUUGCAGACGUGAUGCAAUAUAUAUAUAUAAAUAUAUAUAUCGGCACGAGCGAGCUACUAGUAGCUGAAUUGGGGCGGGCUGGUCAUCUUUCCCGUCCUCACCAGAACACGUCCACAAUUGGUGCAAUAGACGGCACUGUCCCUCGUCUCUUAAAAUUAAAGCAAAAAUAAUUUCCAUGGCCUACGAGUACUAAUAUGCAAAUGCAUGCUUCGCGGAUGACUUUUGUGGUGCCUUUUUUGAGAGUGAGAGUAAGCAGGGGUACAAGGAGUGCGAAACGCUAGGAGCACUUGUAUUGGCUACAGUUUGAUUGGGGCCUAUGCAAAUGCAUGCAUUGUGAAAUUUCUUUUGUUGGUGC